UACAAGCCUCGAAGCCGGGCUUCAGACGUCCCAUCACUAACUUCGGUAAAGCCCGGGGCUUGCUUUCGUUUCUUGACUGUAGUUUUGCUUAAGCAGGCGCGGGUCGUGCUGGAGACGGUGGUUUUAGCACUAUAGCGGUCAGACGCUGCUGAACCUGGAACCUAAACCUGGAACGUGCCUCAAUGAAUCCUAACGAAACACGAUGAUACCGACUGGGCUACAGAAACCAGAUUGUAUUGAUCGUACCUGGGUGUCAUGCCAGAAGGAUGUGAUAAAGGACCUGCCCAGUGACCUUGAUGGACAACCCUCAUGUGCUGAACAGAUGAUCUGGCUAAAACCGGAGUCGUCUGACUCUUGCUGUAUGUCAUGCUGCAGCAACGAGUCAAAGGAUCUUGGUAUUAUCUUUAAAGGACAAACCUCAGUUGACAAGCCUGUGACGGCGCUACAGAGAGACUCUCCUUGCCUUAGCUGUGUGUCGUGCAGCAAUGAUGCAUCAAAGGAAGUUCACUUUGCCUUUAAAGGGGGAUCCUUAUGUACUGAAGAUAUAAUCCGGCUCCAGAGCCCAGGCUCUCCUCACCCCAGCUGUGAAUCAUGCAAGAGUGAUGCCUCAAAGGAGAUCGUCAUCUUCUUUAAAAGAUUUUUAUCAUCUCCUAAACAAACGCAUAAAUGGGAAAGCUCAAAGGAUUUUCAUCAAGAAUGCACAGAAGAUUUUAGAAGUCCGCGGGAGGAUGGGAAGGCGUUGGAGGACGGACCAUUAGAGGAGAUUAUAAAACAAUUCUGUGACAACUUGAAUGGGAAGUUGAUUGAUUAUCUGCACAAAGAUGCUGCAGUUUGUCAACAUGAACUUAAAUCUGCUCUGAGUAAGAAGUUUCAGUGUGUGUCUGAAGGGAUCGCCAAGACAGGUGACCCAACCCCUCUGAAUCAGAUCUACACCGACCUCUACAUCACAGAGAGUGGAACCGAAGAGGUGAACGAAGAACAUGAAGUUAGACACAUUGAAGCAGUUUCCAAAAAACAAGAUGGAGAAGAAGUGACAAUCAGACUGGAGCACCUCUUCAAAGAGUCACCUGGACAAAUUUACCCAGUCAGAACAGUGAUGACAAGGGGAGUGGCUGGUAUUGGCAAAACGGUCCUAACGCAGAAGUUCACUCUGGACUGGGCUGAAAACAAAACCAACCAGGACAUCCAGUUCAUAUUUCCGUUCACAUUCAGGGAGCUGAAUGUCUUGAAAGGGAAAAAGUUCAGCUUGGUGGAACUUGUUCACCAUUUCUUUACUCAAACCAAGGAAAUCCACGAGUUUAAAGAGUACCAGGUCGUAUUCAUCUUAGAUGGUCUGGAUGAGUGUCGACUUCCUCUGGACUUCCAGAGUAAUGAGAUCCUGACUGACGUUACAGAGUCCGCCUCAGUGGACGUGUUGCUGACAAACCUCAUUAGAGGGAAGCUGCUCCCCUCCGCUCGUCUGUGGAUAACCACACGACCGGCUGCGGCCAAUCAGAUCCCUCCUUACUGUGUUGACAUGGUGACAGAAGUCAGAGGGUUUGCUGACCCACAGAAGGAGGAGUACUUCAAGAAAAGAUUCAGAGAUGAGGAGCUGGCCCACAAGAUCAUCGCCCACAUCAAGACGUCCAGAACCCUCCACACCAUGUGCUACAUCCCAGUCUUCUGCUGGAUCACUGCUACAGUUCUGGAGCAUGUCUUCAAAACCAGUCACACCAAAGAGCUGCCAAAAACCCUGACUGAGAUGUACAUCCACUACCUGGUGGUCCAAACCAAAGUUAAGAUGGUGAAAUAUGAUGGAGACGAUGAGACGGAUGAGCACUGGAGUCCAAAGAGCAGGAAGAUGAUGGAGUCCCUGGGAAAACUGGCAUUUGAUCAGCUGCAGAAAGGAAACCUGGUCUUUUAUGAAUCAGAUCUGCGAGAAUGUGGAAUCGGUAUCAAAGAGGCUUCAGAGUACUCAGGAGUGUUCACACAGAUUUUUAAAGUAGAGCGAGGGCUGUACGAUGACAAGCUGUUUAGUUUUGUACAUUUAAGCGUCCAGGAGUUUCUUGCUGCCCUUCAUGUCCAUUUGACCUUCACUAAACGGGGUGUCAAUUUGUUGAAAGAAAAAAAUCCCUCAAAGCUCUCCAAGUUGUUCAACAAACCAAACAUCACAAGUUUUUACCACAGCGCUGUGGAUGAGAGCUUACAGAGUCCAAAUGGACACCUGGAUUUGUUCCUUCGCUUCCUCUUGGGACUUUCACUGGAAACAAAUCAGAAACUCUUACAAGGCCUGAUGACGCAAACUGAAAGAUGCUCACAGACAAAUCAGGAAACCGUCAAGUACAUCAAAGAGAAGAUCAAUGGGAAUCUGUCUGCAGAGAAGAGCAUCAAUCUGUUUCACUGUCUGAAUGAGUUGAACGAUGGCUCUCUUGUGCAAGAGAUCCAACAGUUCUUAUCUUCAGGAGCACUCCUCACAGAUAAGCUUUCUCGUGCUCAGUGGUCAGCCCUUGUGUUCCUAUUGUUAUCUUCUGAAAAGACAGUUGAUGUAUUUGACCUGAACAAGUUUUCUGUUUCGGAAGAGGUUCUUCUCAGGCUGCUGCCGGUGGUAAAGGCCUCAAAGAAAGUUGUACUGACUUUCUGUGUCCUUUCACAAAGAAGCCUCGAAGCUCUGUCCUCAGCUCUCAGCACCAAGUCCUCCUCCUUGAGAGAGCUGGAUCUUAGCAAUAACAAUCUACAAGAUUCAGGAAUGAAACUGAUUGCUGAUGGACUGAAGAGUCCAAACUGCACACUGAAAACUAUUAGGACGAGUGGCUGUUCCCUCUCAGAGAGAAGUGUUGACCUCUUAUGUCCAGUUCUCAUCAGCAGGCUCUCUUGUCUGAGAGAACUGGACCUGAGCAACAACAUUCUUCAAGAUUCAGCAGUGAAGAAGUUGUCUGAUGGACUGAGGCAUCCUCUUUGCCAACUGGAAACUCUCAGAUUGAAUCUUUGUUGCCUCUCAGCAACAAGCUGUGAAGCCUUGUCUGCAGUUCUCAGCUCUGAGUCCACUAGCCUGAAAGAGCUGGACCUAAAUAACAAUAACCUGGAGGAUUCAGGAGUGAAGCUGCUGUCGGUUGGACUGGGGAGUUCAUACUGUAAGCUAGAAACUCUGAGGCUGUCUGGCUGUCUAGUCACGGGAGAAGGUUUUGCUUCUCUGGCAUCAGCCUUGAAAUCCAACCCAUCCCACCUGAGAGAUCUGGAUCUGAGCUACAACUGUCCAGGGGACCUUGGUGUCAAACUUCUAUCUGCUAAUCUGAAGGAUCCACAGUCCAGACUUGAAAUUCUCAGAACAGACCCAGCUGGAGUUGAGUGGUUAAGACCAGGACUGAGGAAAU